AUGUCGUUGCGGAAGCGGGGAGAAGAAACAGCAGAACCGAAAAUGGGGAACCUGUUGACUGCGCAGUGCGAUUUACGAGCAUCUUCUGAUUCUUGUCUUUGUGGAGCGUCCUCCCGACCGCGUUUUGGCCCGGACCCGCAGCGCGAUGCUCCCGCGGUUGUUGAGACAGGGGAGUCGUUGGCCUGGACGCCGUCUGCGUCGUCAGCGCUGUCGGCCAGCAGGAUCGCUGAACUGCGGCGCUCGCUGUUCAUUCCCUGUCUGCCGGACGAGAUCGAGCUGAAAGAGCUGGCCGCGCGUCUCACGCUGCUCGGGAAUAUUCAGGAGAUUAUUGUCAAGAGGAAUCAACGGGCGGUGCGCUUCGGCAUCGUCGUCUUCGUGGAGGAGGAAUCGGCGUUCGACGCGCUGCAGGCCGGCCUCGUGGUGCAGGAGCAGCGCGUGGCCAUGGAGCCGCGCCGGUCGCCGGACGGCCACCCGCACCCGCCGCGGCUGCCCCGCGACACGCCCACGCCCCUCAUCGUGCAGCGCGCCCCCGGGGGCCGCGGCGUCCCUUUAUCUGUUUUGCCGGCGGGCGUGCCGGUCCUCAGCGAAGACGAGGCUUACGAGCACCACCGCACGGGACGGCCCCCGGGGGCGGUGGCCUUCCGCGCCCCCGUCCUCCACAGCUGGCUGGAGUUGGUGCAGAAGAGGCAGCUGGCUGUUCCCGUGGUGCCGCUGGCCGGGGAGGCCGUCAAGCGGAAGAAGGCGCCCCACCACAAAUUCUCCUUUCUCACCGAGACGGAUGAUCCGUGUCAGCAAAUGCGCUUGUUGAUGGAGCGGUCGCAGUUGAGUGAGGAGGAACGCGAUGCACGGGAAAAGUUGAGGCGGCAGCUGGAAGCCACGUUCCGGCGGUGCACGGUGCGUCUGUACGGAUCCCUGACUAUAAGCAAUAAUUUCUUUAUUUUGUUUUAUAAGAUGAAUAGCAAUUUAUCAGCAGUAAAUACCCCGAUGAGCUAUUAUUUUUCCAACGUGACGCAGCUGUUCCAGUGCCCGUACGAGCCGUGGGAGCUGGCUGGGGAGUCGCCGAAAGACAUCCUGCGCCUGAUGGAGAAGCUGCUGCGCUACCUGGCCAAGAGCGAGAACUACGAGGACGUGAUGGCCAUUCCCGCGGCCCGCACGCCCAUCCUCAAGCUGCGCCAUCCCGCCGCGCACCUCAGCGUCGACGUCUCCUUCACCAGCAAGUUAGUGUUCGAGAACACGGGCCUGUUGAUUUUAUAUAGCCACCUGGAGCCCCGGCUGCGGCCGCUGGUGUUGACGCUGCGGCAGUGGGCGGACGCCAAGGAGCUGACGGGCAGCGAGGGACUGACCAAGUACGCCCUGACGCUGCUCCUCGUCUUCUUCCUCCACACCCAGGAACCCGCCGUCCUCCCGCCGCCCGACGAGAUCCACCGCCAUGUCGUGAAUAAUCCCCGUCUGACGCGCUUUUUGGACGAGGAAGGCGGCUUCAGCUUCGAUCUGCCCGAGAGGAAAUUGGCCGACUUGGCCAGCGAGUUGCCGCCCUCGACAAAUACGAAAACGGAAGCGGAUUUAUUGUUGGAUUUUUUCGAGUAUUACUCCACCUUCUCCUUCCCCACGACGGUGAUGCGCGGCUGGAGCGGCGAAGUGGUCCCGCUGAGCGAUUUCCGCGAUUCCCUGCCGCCCACGGGCGACCCCUUCAAAUUGCGCUACGUGAACCUGCAGGACCCCUUCGAUCUGUCGCACAACAUCGCCAAGAGCGUCUCGCUGACCACCUUCGUGGCGCUGCUGCGCUGGCUCCAAGAGGAGGUCGCCGUCUUCCGCCGGCGCGCGCUGAACCUCCUCCCGCUGCUGGAAACGGAGCGCGAAGACGUGGCGCCGCCGCCCGUCAUGCUGUAUGGUCACCACGGCUUCUCCUGCGCAUUCUCAGCUGGAAGGCAUCCACGCCAUGGCGGCCUGAACAGUAUUUUUUUGUGCAGAUCGUUAGUAUCAGCCGGCAUCCCUGCAAAAUUGGAGCCGCGAGGUACAUCCCACACAUCGGACCGCCGCCCAGAUGGCUGCACCACGUUUGCGUGGCAACGCGGUAUGUGUUUGGCGUGGGACGUGACCUGCGUGGAUACUGUUGCUAUGUCUCACCGGAAAGCCACAUCAGUCACUGCGGGAUCCGCCGCCGCACAGGCGGAGGAUAGGAAAGCGGGAUUGUACUUGUACCUUCAGGGCAGAUACAUCUUCGUACCGCUGGCUUUUGAAACUCUUGGACCAUGGGGAAAGUCAGCUAGCCGAUUAGUGAAAGAAAUUGGCAAGCGACUUCAACAGCAUACGGGUGAGCCUCGCUCCCAUGAGUACCUCCGUCAACGACUGUCGCUGGAAAUUCAGCGAGGCAACGCUGCUUCCGUGCUCGGGACAAUGGAGGGAGCGGCAGCAUUAAAUGAGUUAUUUUUUAUUUGAUUUAUUGUUUUGAAACAGUGAUGUUACCGCUACUGGCUUGUGCUAAUAAAACACAUCAUACCUGA